GAGAGAGAGAGAGAGAGAGAGAGAUUAGUGUGUUUGAAAAGGAGAAUAAAAAAGAGUUAAGAGGAGUGGGGAUGAUGAUGCACAUGGAGUGCUACUGGCUUUUGUGAGAGAGAGAAUGGUAUUCGUAGAUAAAGACAUGUAGUUUUAAUCAUAGAGUUAGUUCUGGCAUUCCAUGUGCUUCUUCUAUCCUCUCACAUUAUAUUCUGUUACUCGACUAAGAACAAGUAGCAUUCAUCAUCUUUUGUGUGGAUGAACAAAUCUCUCUCAUCUCCUACUCCUAAUUUUUCUCUCUUUCUCUAUAGCAACGCAAGGAAAUCAAAGAAAGAUGCGUGCGAGACCAUCUACAUCAUGUACAUCUAGUUGGUGUAUUAGUGAGGAGUCAUUGAGGAGAUACGUUGUUGGAGCUAGUGAGAAGUGCAUUCAAGAGCUCCUUCUCUCUUCUUCCGAGUUUGAUUGGAAAGUGUUGGGCACUGAUGAGAAAGGUGUGGAGAUAUCCAAAUGUCGUUCCCCCUCACACCAUAUCUGUCGUAGCCGUAGGCUGCUAAACUCAGUCUCCAAUCAUAAGGUUAUCAGUGUCGCCAAUGCAAUUCAUGCCGCUAAGGAAUGGGAUCCCGAUUUAGUUGAAGCUAAGUGUAUCAAACACCUCGACCACAACUUGAGCAUCAUCAAGUUGAGAUAUGGAGAGAGGGCCAAGCCAUUGUUCAGAAAUCGAGAGUUCAUCGUCUACCAACGCCGAGAAACCAUGGAUGACGGCACCUUGGUAGUGGCAGUGGCUUCUCUACCAAAAGAGAUAGCCUUAGGAAUACACCCAAAGCACAACAACUCAGUAAGAGGCCUAUUGUUGCAGUCUGGUUGGGUUGUAGAAAAACUUGACCAUGAUUCUUGCAUGGUUACUUACAUAGCUCAAUUGGAUCCUGCAGGGUGGAUGCCCAAAUGCUUUGUGAAUCGCUUCAAUACAAAAUUGGUUAUGAUAAUUGAAAACCUUAAACGGCAGGUGCUGGCAUGUCCCACUAGUGGUGGUACAUUAUGAUUAUUACUUUUGUGUAAAGCAAAUCCAAAGGAAAAAAAAAAAAGAAAAAGUUUAUUAUUUAAUCUUAUAUGAAAUCUUAAGGGAUCAAAAAUCAAAUAAAUAUAGUCUACUGGUUAUCUAUUUUUAAUCUGGGAUUAAGCGUAAUCAUAGGUUACAAACAACCUGGGAUCCCCGGAUUUAUGCAAUGACUUGUGUUUUGUCUCUUCAAAAUACAUCAAUUUGUCUAUACUAAUAUUGAUUAGGUUUGAUUCAAUGAAACUUAGAGAUUCCAAGUGUAUUCGUUUAGAAUUUCGAGGCACAUUUUGAGAGUUUUUAAUAUUUGAGACUUUGUAAGAUUUUUAAAUUUUGGAAGAAUUUUAUAAAAUCUUAAAAUCUGU